ACCCCGGACGUCGGGGCUUACCUAGCUUCGUCAUCCAACUACCAACCUACCGUACCUAGGUACAUGACCAACUGACUUACUCCUGGUCUCCUCUUUCUUUCCUCUUCAUUAUCAUCAUCAUCAAACAUCAAUCAUCCCCAUCACCAACUUAUUCAUCACUAUUCUUCAACCUUUUCUUCCAACUAUCUCUUGUUAGCAGCUGUCCGAGGCAGCUAGCAGCUACCCAUCAUGAGAGCUGCACAGGCGCUGCUGCUCGGCGCCACUACGGCUGCCUAUGCACAGGAGCAGCAGGUAUUUAGCUACGGCGAUAACACUCAACAACCUGCAGAACCUCUCGGAGAUGCCUUUAGGAAUCCUCUCGCGAAAUUCACCGAAGUUCUAGGAGAGAUGCCUGCCGCCGCCAAGGGUCUCUGGGACGAGAUGAGCCUAUUGGUUCCCGGCUUCGUAGAGAAGGCCAGCAACCUUAUCUCCCACCCCAAGCCCCAUACCCGCAGACCCGACAGCGAGUGGGACCAUAUCGUCCGAGGUGCCGACGUUCAGAGCAUGUGGGUUGAGACCGACGGUGUCAAGCAUCGUAAGGUGGACGGGCCCGUCGAAUCCUACGAUCUUCGCGUCAAGGCAGUCGACCCGUCUUCCCUCGGCAUUGAUAAGGUGAAGCAAUACAGCGGCUACCUUGAUGAUAACGAGAAUGACAAGCAUCUCUUCUACUGGUUUUUCGAGUCACGAAACGACCCCGAGAACGAUCCUGUCAUCCUAUGGUUGAAUGGCGGACCCGGGUGUUCGUCCAUGAUGGGUCUUUUCAUGGAACUUGGCCCAUCCAGCGUUGAUAAGAAUGGUUCACCCAAAUUCAAUGAUUACUCUUGGAACAGCAAUGCCUCUGUCAUUUUCCUUGACCAGCCUGUCAACGUGGGCUACUCCUACAGCAGUGGCUCCGUCUCUAACACGGUGGCAGCCAGCAAGGACAUCUAUGCCCUCCUGACACUCUUCUUUGAGCAAUUCCCUGAAUACACUAAACAGCCAUUCCACAUUUUCGGAGAGUCUUAUGCUGGCCACUACAUCCCUGUAUUCGCCUCCGAGAUUCUGUCUCACAAGAACCGGAACAUCAACCUCCAGAGUAUUGCCAUUGGCAAUGGUCUCACGGACCCUUACACCCAGUACUCUCAGUACCGCCCAAUGGCCUGUGGUGACGGCGGUUACGAUGCUGUUCUAGACGAAAGCGAGUGCCAGUCAUUGGACAAUGCCCUCCCACGCUGCCAGUCGCUCCUCCAGAACUGUUACAACACGGAAAGCGCAUGGACCUGUGUGCCGGCAACUAUAUACUGUAACAAUGCCAUGAUUGGACCGUACCAGCGCACCGGACAGAACGUCUACGAUAUCCGCGAGAAGUGCAAAGACCAGGAGAAUCUAUGCUACACUGAAACGGCAUGGAUCGCCGAAUACCUGAAUCAGCAGAAAGUUAUGAAGGCUGUCGGUGCUGAGGUAAACGACUACUCUAGUUGCAACACCGACAUCAACCGCAACUUUGUCUUCCAGGGUGACUGGGGAAAGCCGUUCCACCGACUUGUUCCCGACAUCCUGAAGCAGAUCCCUGUCCUUAUCUAUGCUGGUGAUGCUGAUUACAUCUGCAACUGGCUCGGUAACCGUGAAUGGACCGAGGCCCUUGAAUGGAAAGGCCAGGACGCCUACAAGAGCGCGAAGAUGGAAGACCUUGUGGUUCAGGACAAGUCGUAUGGUCAGGUGAAGAGCAGUGGCAACUUCACCUUUAUGCGUAUCUACCAGGCUGGCCACAUGGUUCCAUUCAACCAGCCCAAAGGGUCUCUUGACUUCUUCAACCGAUGGGUUGGUGGCGAGUGGUGGAAGGCAUAGAUCAGGCUACGGUAGAGGAGAGCAUCACUCUAAUAGAAGUAGAAGCAUGGGAUAUUAGACGUUGCAUGGCUUCUUUUCUCCUGUGAGAUAUUUUUAUUUGAGACUAUAACUAUACUUAAAUGAAACAAUUAAAUCGAGUAAGAAGCACAUCAUCAGCAACGUGUUCUUCCA